AUGCGACGAGUUGUCGUGACAGGGCUCGGCGCCAUUUCGCCCUUCGGUGUUGGCGUGCGUACCACGUGGAAACGUCUGUUGGCUGGAGAAUCUGCCAUCACCAGUGUGGCUGACUUUGAGCCGCGAAGCCGCUGGAAAGAUCUGACGAGCACAGUUGCUGGCGUAGUCCCCAGUCAUGGCUCAGGUCCCGAUCAGUGGCGGCCGGGUGACUGGCUGGACGCCACGGAACAACGUCGCAUGUCCAAGUUUGCCCAGUACGCCGUAGCAUGCGCCGACAUGGCAAUGAAAGAUGCCGGGUGGAAUCCGCAGAGCCAAGAGGACAAGGAGGCCACGGGCGUGUGUCUUGGCAGCGGUAUAGGAAAUCUCGAGGAAAUUUACGAGACGAGCUUGGCCUUCAACCAACAAGGCUACAAGAAGGUUUCACCACUCUUCGUUCCCAAGAUUCUCAUCAACUUGGCCGCCGGCCAUAUAUCAAUGAAGUACGGAUUGCAAGGCCCCAACCAUUCCGUCACAACCGCCUGUACAACUGGUGCUCAUUCCAUUGGAGAUGCGAUGCGAUUCAUUGCUUUUGGUGAUGCCGACGUCAUGGUUGCCGGCGGAACGGAAUCCUGCAUCCAUCCCCUGACCUUUGCUGGUUUCGGGAGGGCAAGGUCCCUCUCCACAGCUUACAACCACCACCCCCACGCCAGCUGUCGUCCCUUCGAUCGCGACCGAAAUGGUUUCGUCGUUUCGGAGGGGUCGGCAGUCCUUGUCCUGGAGGAACUCCAGCACGCCAAGGCCCGCGGAGCCAACAUCUACGCGGAGGUGAGGGGCUACGGGUGCAGCGGCGACGCGCAUCACAUGACGGCCCCGCGGGAAGACGGACACGGAGCAUUCCGCGCCAUGAAGCUUGCUCUGAAGAACGCGGAAGUUCGACCGGCCGAGGUGAGCUACAUCAACGCGCAUGCAACAGGGACACAGGUCGGCGAUGCGGCAGAAGCCUCCGCGAUACGAAGCAUCAUGACAGGCGAGGAGGGUUACGCGGACGAGUCGCAGGUGACUGUGAGCAGCACCAAAGGUGCCGUUGGCCAUCUGCUAGGGGCGGCUGGCGCCAUCGAGGCCCUGUUCGCCGUGCUAUCGGUUGCAGAGGAUAUCGUGCCGCCUACGCUGAACCUCGAGAAUCCAAAUGUCGGGGGAUCCAUGAAUAUGGUACCCCUCGAGGCACAAGCGAAACAGGUUAACGUUGCUAUUUCCAACAGCUUUGGCUUUGGCGGGACGAAUGCCUCGCUGGUUUUUUCCAAAGUGCGUUAA